ACAAAACUCAUCACAUUUUGCAACCCAAAAAAAAAAAAAUGGCCAGAGCACAACAAAGAUACCGAGGUGUCCGACAAAGGCAUUGGGGUUCUUGGGUCUCUGAAAUUCGCCACCCUAUUUUGAAAACAAGGAUAUGGCUUGGAACGUUUGAGACAGCAGAAGAUGCAGCAAGAGCGUACGAUGAAGCAGCAAGGUUGAUGUGUGGAACAAGAGCCAGAACCAACUUCCCUUACAACCCUGAUUCCUCUCACUCCACGCCAUCUAAGCUUCUCUCUGCUACUUUAACCGCUAAGCUUCACAGGUGUUACAUGGCCUCUCUUCAAAUCACUAGACCUUCUCCCAACAACAAUGGCGCCUUUUCCACUGCACCAACACCCACCAUCCAACAGAAGAGACCACACAAGGAUGAACAACAGCAACAGCAACAGCAACAAGAACAACAAUGUUCAUCUUCAUUGGAAGAUGCCAACUGGGUUUCCAUGAAGAAGGUUAAAGUGGAAAAUCAUGAGUUUAUUAAGCCUCUUGAAGAAGAUCACAAUCACAUUGAGCAAAUGAUUCAGGAGUUGCUUCAUUAUGGCUCCAUUGAGCUCUGUUCUCUUUAAUUUCAUUUCCUCCUGAGAUCAAUUAUUAUUCUGCUAAUUUUUAACUUAAUUUAGAUUAUGAUGAUUAUCUUUAAUUUCAGGUCCUUAAUAUCUUCUAUAUUCAAAGUGACCUUUUUCUUUCUUUUUGUAGACAAUGCUGUCUAUGUACCCCCUUUUCUAUGUAUAGCCAAUCCAAUCAUAUUCCAAUAU